UGGCACCAGCUGAGGGCAACGUGACGGAGAGAAACUUCACUUGCCAUCUCUCACUGAGCAUGCUCACGUCUACCGAGCAUGCUCAGUCGCAGCAAGUUAUAAGUUUCCGAGGAGCAAACAGUAGGAGAGGAGACGCCACGCCGGCUUUCGCCUUCGCCUUCCUGGUGCUGGUGAGUGGCCGGUGAAGCAACUUUAGAAAGAGAAUGCCUAAAAAGAAGACAGGUGCUCGCAAAAAGGCUGAGAGCCGUAAAGAACGAGAGAAGCAGAUAAGAGCUUCAAGAGGCAACAUCGAUUUGGCUAAACAUCCCUGCAAUGCAUCCAUGGAAUGUGAUAAAUGUCAAAGACGGCAGAAAAAUAGAGCUUUUUGCUACUUUUGUAGCUCUGUCCAAAAGCUGCCCAUUUGUGCACAGUGUGGAAAAACAAAAUGUAUGAUGAAAUCGUCAGACUGUGUCAUAAAACAUGCUGGUGUGUACAGCACUGGGCUUGCUAUGGUGGGGGCAAUAUGUGAUUUCUGUGAAGCUUGGGUUUGCCAUGGCAGGAAAUGCCUCAGCACCCACGCUUGUAUCUGUCCUCUUGCUGACGCAGAGUGCAUCGAAUGCGAGAGAGGUGUCUGGGAUCAUGGAGGCCGAAUAUUCAGCUGCUGUUUUUGCCACAAUUUUCUCUGCGAAGAUGAUCAGUUUGAACAUCAGGCCAGCUGCCAGGUUCUGGAAGCCGAGACCUUUAAAUGUGUUUCCUGUAAUCGACUUGGGCAGCAUUCAUGUCUCCGUUGUAAGGCUUGUUUCUGUGAUGAUCAUGUACGGAGCAAGGUUUUCAAACAAGAAAAGGGAAGAGAGCCUCCAUGCCCUAAGUGUGGACAUGAAACACAGCAGACUAAGAACCUGAGCAUGUCAACACGCUCUCUGAGGUUUGGCCGACAGACAGGAGGUGAAGAGGCUGAUGGGGCUUCUGGCUAUGAUGCCUAUUGGAAGAACCUUUCGACUGGCAAAGAUGAUGAAUAUGAAGUAGAGGAUGAUGAUGAUGAAGAAGAAGAGGAGGAGGAGGAAGGAGGAAGGGAUUCAGAAAUGGAGACAACAGAUGUGUUUAGUAACUUGAAUUUAGGAAGGACCUAUGCUAGUGGCUAUGCACACUAUGAGGAGCCUGCUGACUAAGACUGCAGUCCUCAGCACACUUAACAGGAAGUAAGUCCCCUUGAACAUAUUGGCACUUAACUUCCGGGUAAACCUGUUUAGGAUCUGGCCAUAAGCUUAUGUUUAUGGUGGAACUAGCAUUUGAAAGGAACUCUGAGUGUGCUUAGUGAAUUUUAUGUGUGGUACUAGAAUAACACAACUAGGUUUUUCAAGUAGCAGAGCUUAUUAGGAAACAAAGGGAGUGGAGCAUUUGCAGAUUAAGAACAAAUUUGUAUGGCUAAAGAUGUUGGAAUGCUUGGAGAAUAAAGUGUGUGUAGGUUCACAUUAGUCCAGGGAACUUGAAAAUUGGGCUCAAAUGUAAUGCUCUCUUCACAGCUAAGUCAGAAGUAUGAGGCGGGUACAGUAAUUUUUUGUUUCCAAGUAUUCUUCAGAAACAGAGGUAUUUUUCUUGAAUAACUUUGAGGGUGGGUUGUGUCAUCACAUUUCAUAAACUUGUAAUUAUUGGUGGCAGUGGGCAUCCACUAUUUUUAUAGAUUGAAUAUUGUCUCCAGUGAAAACUAGAUUUUUCAUAAAUAUUGAUCUAGCUUGAGCACUUGGGGAAAUGCUUGCUGCAAGCUAUUGUACUCUAAACAUAAAUUGAAAUUAAUUUUUACUUUGAUAUUUUGUGUAAGCAAGGCUGAUCAAUAUAUUCUCUUGUUAUGCACUUCUGGAGUGUUAUCAGUUCCUGCCUUUUUGAAUGAGUAUACAUUAAUUGUAGAGCUCACAACCACUUGCAGUGGGACCUAAAUAAACUUUUGAUCUUGCAUUUAUCACCAUAAAAAUGUCACUGCAGCUUCCUUGCCUAAUAAAGUCCAUCACACUCUUUCA